AUCUGCCAGGUAAGUAUGUAUGAAACUUUAUUGUACAAUAACAAUAUCAUAUCUUCAAUAUUUUUAGCAUGUGUCUUCAUAAUCAUCUAUAUUUUUUGUAUUUAUUUUCACAGGUUGUUUGCCAAUUCUAGCACUAUAACAGAUGGGAGUGGAAACUACUCUACAGAUACUCAGUGUGCAUGGUUAAUAGAUGCGGGAAAACCUAACACAUCUAUUCGUCUUCAUUUAGAUCAUUUCGCCACGGAAUGCUCGUGGGACCAUUUAUAUGUUUACGAUGGCGACAGUAUUUACGAUCCCCUUAUUGCCGUUUUCAGUGGGAUGGUGGUUCAAGAUGAUUACCGUGUCACUCACAUACCAGAGGUUGUAGCAUCUUCAGGCUAUGCACUACUGUAUUUUUAUUCUGAUGCUGCAUAUAACCUCACAGGAUUCUCAAUUUCUUAUAGGAUUGAUGGUUGUCCUAGUACUGUGGCAGAGAAAGUAUGCUCCAGUAAAGGAGUGUGCAUUGAUGGUUGUACCUGUGAUGCUGGUUGGGGAGGUCCAGCAUGCUCAGAUUCCUCUUUGUCCUAGAAGAAUGUUCAUGGACAUGGCACUUGCAAUCCAGAGCAACGCAGUUGUCAGUGUCAUGAAGGAUAUAAAGGUGCUGAUUGCAGUCAGGUGAAGGAAGCAGGCUGGUGGGAAGUUGUUGGUCAUGAUGUUUCUAGUGAAUUGGAUCUUCCUAGUCCUGCAUCGUCUUUGCUUGAAAGAUCCUCACAUGCCACUGUCCUUAUCAAUAAUGAAAUCUGGGUAAUAGGUGGAUAUUCAUUCACUGAGAAACCCUUUUUAUUGAGAUAUAACAUAGCAGAAGACAAGUGGACUUCAGUGGAAACCAAAAGCAUCAAAGAGCCAAGUGCAAGAUAUGGACAUACAGCUGUUGUAUAUAAUGAGUCGAUUUAUAUGUAUGGUGGCAUGAAAGCGGAUGGCACAAUAGCAAGAGAGUUAUGGAGGUUAGAUGUAGAUACACUCAAGUGGUCAGAAAUUUCUUCCAAUCGUGGACUGAAGGCAGGACGGGGUCGUGGUAAUAGGAGGGGCAGGGUUGGCCGACGUGAGAGGAACAAGCGUAAUAAUAAUGGCCUUAAAGACAAGGAGGAAAAUCUUUCAUAUCGUCAUGCAUCAGAAGACGAAAAUGAUGAUCAUGAGGAAGAAGAUGAUGAUGACAAGGAAGAGGAAAAGGCAAAUCCCAAAAGUCGUCAGGAGUCAUCAGGCUGCUCUUCACCGGGUCCAUGUGCUCCCAUCCACUGUGUGGGUCAUGCAGCUGUGGUGGUACAAAAAACGAAAAGAGUAAUGCUAGUUUUCUUUGGGCAUUCAGAUCGCUAUGGAUAUUUAAACACUGUUCAGGAGUAUGAUUUUGAUCAGAACACCUGGACAACCUUAGAAACUAGAGGAGCUGUUGUACAUGGGGUGUAUGGUCACACUGCCCUAUGGGACCCUAUAACAUCAUUGGUUUAUAUACAUGGGGGAUUACGUUCCAUUAAAACACAAGGCCAUGUUGUGUCAGACCUCAUGACAUUUGAUCCCAUCAAGCUUGUUUGGAAUCUUAAAACUCCAGCACCAGUGCCUAGGUUCCUACAUUCUGCCGUCCUUAUGGAAGGCUUAAUGCUGGUGUUUGGUGGGAACACCCAUAAUGACACAGCACACUCUUAUGGGGCCAAGUGUUUCAGUGCGGACUUUCUAGCAUAUGACAUCAGCUGCAAUGAGUGGCAUACCAUGCGUAAACCCCCCAAUCUUUACCUGGACAUCGCACGUUAUGGUCAUAGGUCCCUUGUGCAUGAUGGUGCUAUGUAUGUGGCGGGUGGCUUUAAUGGCAAAAUGCUGGGAUCUGUGCUACGCUAUCAUCCAGGAGAGUGUAAAUCUCUCUCUCAAGAAGACUGUAUAGCCACUUUUCCUGGUCGCAAAUGCAUGUGGAACAGAAUUCUGAGUCGCUGUGAAACCAUUAAUGACCAUGACAAGAAGUCUUUUGAUGUCUGUCCACCUGUUACUGUAAAGCAUAAUUUAACUGCCCUUUGUAGUGAACAGUCAUCUUGCCUUUCUUGCGUCUUUAAUACAUACAAGUGUUACUGGUGUGGCAGUACAUGCACCCACAAUAAGUGCUUGGAGCUCUCGAAGCCUGAAGGUGUGAUGAGUUUGCGUAAUGUCCUCCUAAAUAAAGAGGGACGCAGGCCAACUAAGGUGGUGGUGGCUGUUGUUAGUGGGGAAGGUUGUGAAGAUACCCAGAGGUCAAAAUGCAAAUCCCUUGAUACGUGCCCUUUAUGCCAUGCUCACCAGUACUGUGACUGGGAAAAUAAUCAAUGUGAUGUUACUCACAAUGGAACAAAAGUCACACUGGAAUCGCCUGCAGCAGCAGAACCUGAACCCAACUUGCCUGGACUAGAGCAAAGUGAACACCGCAGAGCAUUUGGUAGUGGAACAAGCAAUGCCCUUCAUUCCCAUAGGCCCUGUGAACCAACAUGUGCACAGAGGACCUCCUGUAAAAAUUGUACUGAAACUAAAGGUUCAUGUAUGUGGUGCUUCAAUCAGCGGCGUUGCGUCAAUAACAAUUCUUAUCUUGUUAGUUUUCCGUAUGGUCAGUGUAGAGAGUGGACAACUGAGCUGAAGAGAUGCCCUAAGUUUGAAAGUGAAAAGGAUGUUGAAUAUAGUCGUUGUAGUGAUCAUCAGACCUGUCAUGAUUGUCAAGCAGAUGUAGCAUGUGGAUGGUGUGAUGAUGGUAGUGGAACAGGUAUUGGAAGUUGUAUGGAAGGUGGCCAACGGGGACCUAUCAACCCACUUACAAGUGUUACUCAGCCCAGCAAGUGUCCUAGCACUCGUUGGUUCUUCACUCAGUGUCCUUUAUGCAACUGUAAUGGUCACAGUCACUGUGUAAAUGGCAGCCAAUGUAUAAUGCCUUGUGCCAAUAACACGGCUGGAUCCCACUGCCAACAUUGCAUUGAAAAGUUUUUUGGAAAACCUAUCAAUGGAGGCUUAUGCAAACCUUGUGAGUGCAAUGAGCAUGGAGAUACUUGCAACAGGGAGUCUGGUCGAUGCAAUUGCAACACCAAGGGAGUUACUGGGGAUCAUUGUGAACGAUGUGACACCCAAAACAACUAUGUCGGUGAACCUCUGCGUGGUUCUUGUUUUUAUGAUCUCCAAAUUGAUUAUCAGUUCACUUUUAACCUCUCCAAGCAUGAAGACAGACACAUCCGCCAAAUAAAUUUCUUCAAUGUGCCCACCAAAAGUGAUGUUGAUACAGAUUUUGAUAUAUUGUGUUCAAAAGCUGCCAAGAUAAAAAUAUCAGCCAAAACUACCAAGAGCCACGAAUCUUGGAUUAUUCGUAAUUUCACUGGGACGAGAAUCAAGCGGAGAUUUAGUGCUUCCGAGUACACAUUUGGCUCAGCUGAUAACAGUACUACUUUCCAUGUAUAUGUCUACAACUUUACUCCACCCAUUGAAAUUAUCGUAUCGUUUUCCCAGCAUCCGAAGUUGGAUCUCAUCCAGUUUUUUUCCAUUUUCUCUUUAUGCUUCUUGAUAUUGUUAACGUUAGCAGCUAUAUUAUGGAAAAUAAAACAGAAGUAUGAUAUCUAUACACGGAGACAGCGCCUGCUGGUGGAGAUGGAAGCAAUGGCAUCCCGACCAUUUCGCCCUAUUCUCCUUGAAUUGUAUCCUAGAGGAACUGGUGAUGAUGCCACAGACUCUGUAAAUACUGCCUACACACAGACUUGUACUACACACCCAACUGUGGGAAAUUAUUUAGUAUCAGAAACAAAUGGAACCACCAAUUCUCUUGUUAAUGACCAUAACAUUGCAAACACUGAAAACCUCAAUUCCAUGCUUAAUUCUAAUACCAACUGUAAAACACCCCAUUUAAAUUAUUCCAUAACUAACAACAUCAAUCAUAAAGCAGUUGCAAAUGCAACUUCACCAGAUAGCUUGUCCUCUGAGUUACUUGAAAGUAUUAGUACUCUGAAGAAAGGGAAAAAGGUAAAUCCAAGUCCUAUUGCCCUGGAGCCAUGUUGUGGCAACCGUGCAGCCGUCCUCUCACUCCUGGUGCAGCUACCCACUGGCACGGAGUCUUAUACUCCACUAGGUCAUCCAGGUGGUUUGGCUAUAGCCAGCGCAUUAGUUACACUUGGCAAUCCUAGAAAGAGUAGUACAGACCCCAUAGCUUUAACCAAGGGGGACAUUAGCAAGACAAAAGCAGUGAGAGGAAAGCAGUCUUAUUCCAGCCAUUCUCCUGACACUUGUAUUUAGCACCUGCCUACUCACCCUCCAGUAAGACAGUUUUAGUAAAGGUUUUUUUUUUCUUUGACUAUGUUUCAUAGAUAUUGUUGUUAUUAUUGAUGGUUUUGUUUUACAUAAAUCAUUACUAAAUGACUUGGUGUCAAGUCAUUUACAAGGCCUUAAGUACAUUUUGGGUGUGUUUCUGUGAAACACCAGAUUAACACAACAACAGUACAAGAUUAUGUACAAGAGGAUGUUAAAGAAUUCCUGGUUGUUGGUUGAAAGGACUUGAAGGUGAUAAAAGAUUAUUCCAUGUUUAAUGAUUUGGCAUUUCAUUAAUAACCAUUAGUGAUGGGCCCUUCACCACCUCUGUCUUUAAUAAGUCUCUAUUUUCAGUAGCUAUACUAAAAUUUUUGUUGUAGCUGCAUCUGUCAUGAACAACAUUUUUGGUCAAAUGUAAUGUAGGGUGCAGUAGUAGUCUUGGAACAACUCAAACAGUUUGUUUUUAAGUAAGGUUCCCAAUUUUUUGUUGUGCUUUUUAUGUUACAUCCCAACAUUAUUUUUACUGUAACAAGUCUACAAAACAUUUUAUUUUAGAAAUUCACAUUUGUAUAUGUACUUUUAAAAAGGUAUCUUUGCCCAUUUGGCUUCCUUUCCUAUAAAUACUUCUGGAUACUUUAUUUUAGACACCUUUGCAGAUUGGAAUCGAUUGAGAAAAUUGUCUUUAAGAGGAUGCUUAAUUAUGGAAGCGAUUUUUUUUUCUAAUAUGUUAGCAUUGUGUAGCUACAUUAGGGUUAGUAAAUGCAGGUUUACAAUAUGGACAGACUGGUACAGUACAUUUAAAUGUUUUAAAUUUAUAAGCUUGGGAUAGUGUAGUAGAAGGUUGGUAAUGUAGGUUAUAAUAUUGCUUUAAAACUUCAAUUUUAAACUUAUGCCUUAUUUUUAUACAAUAUUUUUUUUGCUGCCAUGCAUUUGUCAUGCCUUAUUUUUAUACAAUAUUUUUUUGCUGCCAUGCAUUUGUCAUCCUUAGGUUUUAUUGUAUGAUAUGAUGUUUCUAUUGUGAUGAGGAUUCAGAGCUCAUUCGAAUUAGCAAUGUGCAUCAGCAACCGUGGUUUCCUCCAUUUUAAUGAGUAGCUUUAAAAUAUGGGACCUCAUUGAGAGGUAACUUGUAGAUUGGAUUUUCUUCAAGAAAUUUUGAUUCAAGGUACCUUGAUUAAUAAUGCCAUGUCCUAACAAUGAUUUGUUUGCUCACAUACUUAUAUGAAAAAGGUGACCCUAGCCAACUUGACAAGCAUUAGGAUAUUUGUGCUGGCUUUUCAAUAUAUUUUAUUCAAAACCUCAUUUUAUUCUUCCAGGCUUCCUGGUAAACAAUAGGUGAAGCUAUUCAAUAUGUUGCUGUUGUGAUCUCAUUUACAAAGUGUAGUUUCUCUCAGCAAAAUUAUAACCGCUAAAGGUGAUUGCUAGAACGAGUCUUUCAAUGUGUAGAUAGAGUUAGUUUUUUCUUAUCAUUGAAUACAAAACCUUUUUACUAUAUAUUUGAUUUAGAAUUUUCCUUCUAUGCAAAGUAUGAUAUUGUCAAGAAAAAAUAUUCUUUGAAAUGACUGCGAGUCUUGCAUUUGGCAGCUGUGAAGUGGCAUUGAUGUCUUAAUGUGUUACUGUAGAUUUUUCAUAUGAAGUUACCAAAUUAGAACCUCUCAAGUAUCUCUGUGAUUUUUUAAACAAUUAUGCAGAAUCAGAAUUACUUUCAUAGUGAAUACAGCAAAGUUCCUUAGUUAGUUUUUCUUAGGAUAACUGCAUAGUAAUUAUAAUAGUUUGUUAUUAGCUGUAAUAAGCCCGAGAAAAAUUCAUUAUACCUCUUGGCUUUUGAACAGGCUUUUUUUUUAUUUUUAUAUUUUCAUGUAAAACUCGCACACUUUUUACAUCAUAAUUUAUCAAGGUAACUUAAUUUUCAGCUGUGAAAGUUUUCGGGCAAGGAGUUAGUCAUAUAUAUUGAGAAACUGAUAUACAUACUGUACAUAUUUAUACACAAAGUGAACAGGCAUUAUUGCCUUAAAAUAGAUGCUGACAAUAACCUUCUUUGGGGAUUUGAACUGUUGUUGCACUGCUUCAGUGGGUAAUGGGUUGUAUCCCCAAGGAUGAUAGUCAUCAUUAGCACACAUUAUUACAUAUUUUGAGUUGUUUGAGUACUGCUGCUCACGUUCAUUUGACUUCAAGUCUGCCAAAAUUUCUCGUCAUUGAAAGCUGGUUAUUUUUGAGCUGUCAGAAUAUAUCAGCCCUUCUUUUUGUUGGUAUUGACACCAUCAUGGCCUAAGAAGUAAAGUCUGUAAAGUUGGAUAUCACUGGAAUUUCAAGCAAGAAAUCAGUUAGAAUCUGCAUGUUUUGAACAUUGUAUUAGGUGCAUUGUAAUCGUCAUCCUUAUUGCUAGAUACUGGAAUGAUCCUUAGUGUCUGCACCCAAUGAACAUCUAUCAUUGUUUUGAUGCUGUGCUGUACUGUGUACCCUAUUUUGAUUAGACAGCUUGAGAUAUUUGCUCGUUACUCUAUUAAAAAACGAAUGUCAAUAGGGUAAACGCCUAUUAAUAUGCUGCCAGCGCUUCUGUUAUGCAAGAUCAGCAUUGAUAAACUUUACUGUAAGUGCUUUUUCAUUUCAACUGCCAAUCCAAUAUCUGUGAUUAUCAUCAAUUAAGAAGAAAUGGUUGGUACAUCUGUAUUUUGGAAAUGGACUUCAAAUGGAUAUAAAUAAAAAAAUUAAUAAAUAAUGAUCAUAGCAUAAUAUCCCAGUUAGAUGUUUACACUGGAUGAAUAAUGAGAUGUAGUGAUCACUGUUUUAGAAGCGGCGAUCAGGUGAAGGGUAUUAAAGAGUGUGGUUGUAACACUUGUACAUAAUCUUGCUUCUUUCUUGUAUUUAUUUCCAGUAUAUAUAUGUGGCAUUUUUACCUAGUUUAUUAUUUUAGAACAAAAUCAAAUGGCCAUGCGAUUUUUGCUGGACGUUGUUUUUAUCAAAAUUUUUAUAAUGUAUUUUCUUAGCCUUUUCGUGUUGCUGCCUUGAUAGAUGUGAAUUUCAUUUCUAAUAGCUCAAAUAUUUUGUUAUGGUUUAGGAGCUAAGGAAUGUAAAUAUUUAACAAUAUUACGACUAGAUCACGAUGUAAUAUAAUAUAUAUACAUAUAUAAAUAUUUAUUUAGCCUAUACUUUAAGACAGAGCAGAUCAGAGUGUUUUGUGGUCUGUCUCUUUGAAUCUCAGCCAUGUGAUAAUUCUCUAAUGUAAGUGUGAAUGAUUAACUUCCUUUUUUAUUGUUAGCCAAAGCCUGUUAGGUCUUUAGUCUGACAAAACCAGUGAUGUUCAGGAUCACUUUAAUAUAAUGAUUGACGAGGGGGUUUCUAACAGUCUCAUAUUGGAUGAUAGGUAUUAUUAAAUAGGACUUUUUUUUUAUACUAAGCUUUAGGUGUAUGCUUCAUAAUGUCGCAGUGAAGGAAAUUAAGUCUUACAUUCUCCUCUGUGUACUGUAUUGUUAAUGAUCUGUAGAUUGAAGGCUUAGCUGUUGCCACACAAGUUUGUGAAUGAUUUGUUGAAUGUGCGAGCAUGUUUCUUUCAUCAAGGAAUUUUUAUUUUCAGUAAGAUUUGGUGUUUGUAGAGUGUAAAAAUAAUUUUUUUACUUAUACUCAAGAGACUAGUAGAGAACUAGAAUAAGAAUAUAUUUGAAUGGUCCAAACCAAGCAGUAUUGUCACACCUUGGUACCUCAAAAUUUUAUUAGAACAUUUUUGUUUAAAUGACUACUGGGUAUGUGCUGGCAAGAAGAAAGAAAAUUGUUCAAGUUCAGCAUUGGACUGAAAGCUUUCACAGCAUACUUGCUCCAGCUGUGCAGUUAAAAUUUAUUGUUAAUGGUGAUAAAUGAUGGUAGAGGUGAUUAGGAAACUUUUGGCUGUAUUUCCAAGUGUGUUCAGUAUCACAUUGCAGUAUAUCGCAUUACAGUGCUUCAUUGUGUACAUGGUUUUUUCUUUUUUAAUCUAAGUUUUCAGUAAGUGAUCCAAAUUGGUCACAUUCCGGUGAUAAAUGCUCGAGUCACAAAAUUGCAUUCAGUGUACAUACCUAAUGUAUAUUGACGCUGGUAGGGAUUGUAUUGAGAUUUAGAGUACUUUUCAGUUUGUUCUCGUUUGAUGCAUUUGUAUGAAACCAGUAAUUGAAAACCCAGAUUUUGUCAACUAACAAAAUGGAAAUGUUUUGAAUUUCAUGUUGCAGUAGAUAUUUUGGAAGGUAAAAUAUUGACUUGUCAAGAGGAAUCCUGUAGUGGACUGAUAAUGAAGGUUUUGUACUCGUGUAUCUUGGUGUAAUGUUGAGAGCAAUGUGAAUGAAAUGAAAUGAUUUAAAUGACAUUUUGAUUAGAUUGUAAUGUUCAUAGCAAUAAAUUUUUCUUUUACGUUUUUUUUGGUGUUUUUAUUGUGAUUAUUAAUGGCAUUUUUUUUUAACUUUUUCAUUUCAUUAUCUUGUGAGUGGCAUAAUAAUAUCUGAGGAUAUGUAAAUUAAGUUAUUCUCUUUAUGCAUAUUGCAACAGUUUUUAUUUCUAAUGAAUAAUUCUCAGACGAAUGUGUUAGUGCAUUGAAUUCAUUACUGAAGUAAUAAAGACUACUUUUAUUGACUUGGUAUUAAAUAACUGAAAUUGUCAAGAUUCCAGUUUUUUUACACUUCUCGUGAACCUUUUUUUUUUUCUUUUUAAAUGCUUUUCACUUGAAACUUCUGUAUUUCAUUUUAAUGUGUACCCAUAACAUUUGUGUAGUAUUUUGUUGAAAGUAAGGUGAUAAAUAUGGUAAAAAAUUUGAGGCAUAAUUAAGAUGUGAAAGACCUUUGUAACAAAAUUAUUGUGAAAGACCUUUGUAACGAAAUUAUUGCUAUAGUACUAAAAAGAAAAUAUUGUACAAAUAAACAAGUUGUGGUGUACUCUCUGCAACAGGCAAUUAAUGUUGUAGGCAAGGCAUGGUUGUGGGGUUUGAUUUACAGAGAGUUUGCUUGGGUAUUAUUGUUGUACCAGUGAUAAAAUGCAUAGGUACACUUACAAUCUGGUUAUCACUUGACAGGUUUAACUACACUUCAGACAUCCAGGAAAGUGCAAUUUGUACCAAAGAUUAAGUUGAUUUUGUGAGGUGAACUGGUAGUAAAAUAUUUUGUUAGAUUUUUUUUAAGCAAUUCUGAAUGUUGGUUUAUGUUUUUAUAGGAAAGAAUGCAGAACAGCAGAGUCCAAAUUUUGUUUUAUUAACAUAUUUUGGCAGUACUAAUAAAAAGUGUAGGUGGGGUUAAUAAUAUUGCAAAUAAUUGAACACUAUAUGUAAUAAUAAAAUGGUCAUAAUAUACUUUCAGCGUGACAUCUAGUCUAAUUUGCAGUGAUUAUCAGAACAUCCUCGCAGGCUUACCCUAGAGUGUGACUUUGUCUUCCUGUCUUUGUAUACUGCUUUUAGGGUAUGUUUCUGAUGUGGAACAUGUAUUCCAAUAAACUUUUUUCCUUUUAGUUUGAUGUGUGUUAGUAAUAAAAAUGUUGUAAUUUAUAUUACGAUAGUUGGGUACAACAGAUAGGUUACUUGUUGAUACAUUGAAUGUGUUUACCCCCUUUAUUGUUUUUGUUAGCUGCUGACAAUGCUAUGAAGUAGACUUUUCACUGUACUUCCAGAUUGUUUGUUUCGCAGAUGUUCCUUGUGUUUGUUCCUGGGGGAGGGAGAGACUGAAGUAAAAGUUCCACUAUGUCAUUGUUAUGAGAUAUCAUUUCAAGUGAUUGUAAUCUGGCAUGUUUGUUUCCCUCUUAUUUUUAUUUACUACUGGCUAAUUCUAAGGUGCAAUACGUGAGAAAUUUUUCUAAAGGUUACCUUUUUUUAAGGGGAGUGUAGUAACUAAUAUUUUCUAGCAGUUUUGUAUUGUUUUACAAAUAAAGUGAAUGCCCUAUUAAAGUUUCUUAAUUUUUAUGAUUAUUGCAGCAGCAUUAUUUGUUUGUUAAUACUGUACUAUAAUCUUAUUCCUUCACUCUGCUGUAAACCAAGUUUGCUAAUAAAACCUGAAUUAUGUUA